UAUGGAAUUAAGAGCAUCAAGAAAAAGUAAAGAAGAUCAUAAUAGAAUUUGUACCAGACUUACUUCUUGUCUUUACGUAUAUUUAGAACAUUCCACAGAGCAUUUGUUAGAUACUUUGAUAAAAAUACAAUUUAUGUGCCGGGGUUAUCAUCGUAUUUUAGAUCCGAUAAUAACAAAAGUAAUUAAAAAUAUUCCAGCGCAUCCCGAAUCAAAUCUUAUGUACGUUCGUUAUCUUCUUAUUUAUUGUCUUUGGAGAAAGGUAAAUAGCGAUAUGGCCGUGAAAAGUCAAAUUACCACAACCGCAAUUGCCUCACUGGGAGCACCACCAACUACUUUCCCACCGUGCGUGUUAGAAGAUGCAUUACCAAAAGUGCCAAAGUGUCAACCAAACUCAGCAAAAUAUCUAAUGCAGCAGAAAUUCGACGUAAGAAAAUGUUGCGAAUUAUUUGUACAGUUCUGUAGAGAAAGCAGAGGAAGUAUAUGGCAGGAAAAAAGUGAAAAUGCAGCUAUUACUCCAAGCUCAUCCAAGAGGAUUACUUCGCCACUGUUGGUAGCUACAUCACGCGAAGAUGAAAAUUUCAGUCGUAUCGAAAAUAAUUUUAGUCUUGUUCCUUCAGAUAAAGAUAUGCAAACCAAUUCUGUUUCUUCGGAUAAUUUGAAAUCUACCAAUUUAACAGAACAGACGAAUGUUAAACCUUUAGGCACAAUCUCUACGAAUAUUUCAGUGACACGGACUAUUUCUAAACCGAUUAAACCGAAAGUGCUUCCCCGGAAGAAGAUUAAAAAAUCGAAUAAAAUUGUAAUCAUCGAUCUUACAACUGACAUCGCUUUUGAGAGGUGUAUAAAGAAGAGGAAGUCUAGAAAAGUCGCAUGGCUAGAAGAAGCUAAGAAGAAGCUCGACGCAAAGACGAUAAGAGCAUCGCAGAAGAUCAAGAAACAACAGAUGGCGGAGAAUGUAAACUCCGUGAAGAAAGUGACACUCGACCAGCAGUUGGAAGAUUUGCUUCAACCCGUACAUGCCACAGAAGAUACAUGCCUGAAGAAUGAUUUGGGUACAUCAAUACAAGAAGUAAAAUUGGACAGCGAUAAAGUGAAACACAUGGAGGUGGAACAAAAGAGUACACCGGUUAAUGCGGAAUCGGAAAAACAAUUAGCGGACGUGAACAGCAGUGACAGAAACGGAAAUGCUGGGAUGCCCUGUACAGUCUCUUCUUCAGUAAUCGUUGAUAGACCACAGUCUAAUAAAUCUAAAGUUUCUACAAAUUCAUUAUUGGAUGUUUCGGAUGACACUAAUAACGUUAGCAAGUGUCACAAUGUUAAUGCUACUUCGGGGACAAAGACAGACGAGAAGAACGAUAGAUUUAAUAUACAGACUGUGAUUAAACGACUGAUAGAAAAAGACACUGCGCCUGAAAGUGAAACAUGUAAAAGAGUUGAAAGUUUACGGAAAAUCUGUGAUUUAGGAACGGAGCACUCUAAAACUGUAAAUAGUCCUCUCGCGUUAUGUGCCCAAGGUGAUUCCAAAGAUGAUGAUGAUAGUUGUAAACAUAAUGCUAACUAUCCUAGUAUAGCUAAAGAUAAAUUAUCGCCGCAUGUAAUUUCGUCACUGGUACAUACGCAUCACAGGAAUAAUAACGAGAAGGACGAGAGAACCGACGAAGGAAAGAUGAGGGAUAUCAGUGGCAAUGACGGAUGUGCGCGGAAGGACGAUCGUAAAACGAUGAACAGUGAGACACGAUGUUUAAGAUCGACCGGAAUCGACGGCGGAUCGGGUAAAGGGAAAUUCGCGGUUCCCGCUGAGACUUGCAUCGUUACGACCGUGAGUAAGGCGACGGGAUCCGAGGAGCGGCGACAACCGCGCGUUACUGCUGAAAAUACAAAGCAACCAAAGGAGCCUGAAUCUCAAGAUAAAUAUGUAUCAGCGAGACACGAUGUUGCAAAUAAUACCGUAAGAUUUAGCGUAAUGAAUGGCGACCAUUCUAAUGUACAAACAGAUUUAGAAGUUGGUAUUUGCAUCGAGGUAAGUGACGACGUAAAGGAUGACAAAUCCUCUAACCGUAAAGCCAGAGAAACUAUUUUUGAAAACCGCGCAACCGAUAAGAAGAAUAUUUCUAAUAUCGUCAACGUGUCAUUGUGUUCAAAGAACGAGGGAGUCAACGGCGACAAGAGUACCGAUCUGCCGAGGGAGAACGCGGAGAUCGAUUCUAACGGGAGUCGCGGCGACGAGGAGCUCACCGCGAAGGAUCCGGUGAGAACGUCUGUGCUGUGCACGAAAGUUGGGAAAGAUCUCCGCGACUUCGACCGAUCGCACAAACCGGCGAAGGAAACGUACAAGAUAUCACAGGUGAAGAACGCGCAAGAUCCAACGGACGACAGAUGUAUCAUUCAGGACUCGGAAUUGCAGGACAACAUAGACGGGCUCUCGUUGUUGGCCAGUGUGUCUCAGCACGUGUCUCAUUUGAAGACCGAGCGUGAGUUGAAGUGCGAUCAAAUCAAGGUCAAGGAUUACGCGUCGUUGAGAAGCUCCCCUUACAGUCAGUCCACCGACGACGACGACGACGACGACGACGACGAAGCCGACACCAACGACUCGUCGAACACGGUCUCGCAGAUCUUGGAGAAUCCAUCUACCGAUGUCAUCAACAGAAUAGUCGGGAUCUAUCCGGAGGACGCGUUGGACAAGGUGGCGCUUCACGUGGAAGUGACGUCGACGACCGACGUGAAUCCCGACGACGACGAGGACGGCGAGAACGAGCCGAGCGUCUCGCGUGUCGUCGAGACCACCAUCAAUUACGAGACGACGGACGCGUUGUCCAACAACCUGAGCAUAGCGGAGAGCAACGUGCAGUCGAUCAAGGAGAACACGAACGUCAUAUUAAACGGAGAAACGGUCGUGCUGCUGAAGAAGUCCCCCAAUAGCAAUUUGUACACCAUCAACAAAGCGUACGACGAGAGCCGUCUGGUGAAGGAGAAGAGCUGGAUGGUCCCGCCGGAAGAUUGCGCAUCGUUCGAGGUAGUCAACACGUCGGAGCACAUCUCGUUUAACCUGGAUCUGCCCCAAUACAAGGAAGUAUCGUGCCAGGAAAGCAAGUUCGGGAGGAACAAAGGCAUAAAGAUCGAGCCGGAGGAGGAGGAGGCCGGCUUGAUGAGUAUCGGCGAGAUGAAGCCCUACGGUAAGAAACCGGGCGACGUGUUGCCCGCGACGUCGCAGAUUUAUCAGGACACGAAUGUUGCGAGCGUGAGCAUCAGCAGUAAGUCGGUCGACAAACGGAAGUCGAAAUCCAUCCUCGCCUACAGGCAGAACAUUAAGCAGGAGUUCAACAGCCACAUCACGCCGAACUGCGGUAUACAGGGCUGCAACGGUAUACACUCGCACGAGGUGAUCGAUCCGCAACAUUCGUUACAUAUCCCGGUCACUCAUCCCACGACGAUACCGUCGAUCUACGGGAAUUACGCUGCCGGCACCGACCUGUGUAUGCCGUAUCACAAGCACUGCACCUCCGUCUCGUGCAGUUUGCAAAUUAACUCCACUACUUCGCUCCAUUCCCACACGAAGUCCGCGAAUUCGUGCGGCAGGUCGCACUGCUCAUGCCUGAACUGCACGUACGACAUAGUAACGCAUUGCCGACAGUGUAUACACCCCGCCACGGACUCCCACGUGUCUUGUAUCGAAAGUAAUUCUUAUUUUUUGCCCGCGCACUCGUCAGUACAAACGUCCGCCGUCCAAGAACACGAUAGGACAAAAAGCGAAGCGGUGAUAGGUAAAUUGUAUGACGAUCAGAUAUUAUGUAAGAUAGAGCAGAGGGUAUUGCAGAAUAAUACGUUGGAGAAGCUGGACGUGCAACGCGAGCCGGAAAAGCUAUUCAAGAAGGACAUGGAGAACAAGAAGUUGCCGUUGAAGAAGCGGCUGAAGGCCAAGAUGUCCAUGGCGUACGACAAGGUGCCCAUCAAAGCGGAGAAGCUGGACAACUAUCCUGGGAUCCCCAUGAUGUCCAUAGCCGCCUUGGAAGCGCUGGACGGUGCGCAGAAGCAUCCCUCGCAGAUCAUCAAGUCGACGUAUGAGCUGUCCCCUAACGAGGAGGAUGGCCCGCACGGCAGCUAUCAUUUCAACUCGAACGUGGUGCGGAGGGAUUACUACAAGGACAUGCAUCUCUCCAACGGGCAUCAUAACCUUACGAAGGAAAGUAUAAGGAGCCACGAACGGCAGUUCCGCUCGGCCGGUGAUCAGUCUAACGCAGUGUGCCUAGAGACUUGCCAGGACAGGACGUUUAAGCCACCCGCGCAGCGCAGAGACGUCACGGUGAUGAAUCCGACGUCUAUGAAGCGUUUAACGACCGAGACGUUGGAGCAGGACGGUGCGUGCAAGAAGCCGAAGAAACAGUCAUCCAUUAGACAAACGAGAAGCUCAAAGAGAAACGUUCCUAAGGUAAAUUAUUGUUACAACACCGAAACUGAUCCAGAAUGGAAUCCGUCCGGUGAGUCAAAACGACGACGUAAGAAGACUAGUCGAUGAUCGAUACUAUUUCAUUACGAGAAGUCACUGCUGUAGAAAGAAGAGAGAAAAGAAAAGAUGAGUGAGAGAGAGAGAGAGAGAGAGAGAGAGGAGAAACAAAUAAAACAAACGUAUAAGAUCUGUACAGCGGGCAAAUGUGUUCUUCGAAGCUGUGGCACUGUAAAUCUGUAAAUACAUGUACAAAGCGCAAGUGAAAAUAACUCGUCUUAGGAAGAUCUAGAAAUAGACCGUUCAGCGUGUUCAAGAUUAGCGUCAGUGAAGAGUUUAGACUAGCUACAUAGAAUACCUCCGCAUAAGAUAUUUUUGAUGUUUGGUUAGAUAUCGCUAGAGGCAAGCCGUAGAGAAUUUUAUUCCGUUAAAUAUCAUCUCUACCUUGCGAAACUGUACACUACUGUAAGGCUUUGUAAGAUAUUAAAUUUUAAACUUUAAUGUUUUUCCUAUCGUCACGGUUGCAAUCGCGUCUAUCGUCGCGAACGAUAAUUUUUCUGAACGAGUUCUUUUGGAUUCUUGUAAAGUAAAAUUAAAAAAAAAACUGUAUAAUUCUCCGCGUAUAUAUAUAUAAAUAUGUAUAUACAUAUGUACAUAUAUAACCAAUGCCAAACAAACUUACGGAAACAUAUUUUGAAGUAAUAUCAUUUUUGAGUUUCCUGAGGAAGACAAAUUUAGAUUCAGGAAUGUAAUACGACCAGGUUGACGAUUGAAAGUUAAGAAUGUAUAAAAUCCAAAUUUUCCUCGAAAAACAGGACGCACAAUGUACCAGGAGCAUGUUUGCAUAGAUUAAUUACCCACUUAUACUUGAGUAACUUCUGGCAAGUGUUUAAUGCGAGCACAUAAUGUCAAUAAAUUCGCCAAAUGGUGCAAAAUUGUUUGUAUUGCCGUACAAUUAUAGAAACUGGAAAUGUUUAAUUUCUUCCACUUUGUAAUCUGUCCUCUUAUUAUAUAUAGAGACGCAGCCCUAUAUUAUAUAUCGCGGGAAAAAAAGCUAUUAUUUAAUGUAAACUUACAAUACAUACAUACAGGUACCUAUCAAAACAAGUAGAGUAGCUAGUCAGCCGAUUCGUAAUAACAAAAAGAACUUCAGGUCCCGGUGAAAAAAAAAAAGGAGAGAUAGUAUGCUACGCAAUUGAAAGUAUAUCCUAUAUAUUUUUCUUGUAAUACGAGUAUCCAUCUUUCGUUAAAGAAAAUACAAACUACGCGAGAGGGCGCGGUAUUCUAAAAGUAAAAUGACCUAAUCGAGCUUGAUAAAUAAAAUGAAAAUACUGAGGCAUGCAAGGAAAAUGCACAAUUUAGAUAUCGUAUAGUUACCAAGAUAGAAAAGCUUUACAACUAGCAGGCAUCGUAUAGCUUGUUCCUACGUAAUUACUCAAUACUUCAGUUCAUAACGAUAUGUCUGAGAUCUUGCUUUAAGAGAACUGAUUAACACUAAAAAUAUAUGGCAUUUAAUUAAAUUAUAUUAAACUUUAACGUACCUCGCGGUUGUGGCGGAGGUGAAAUUUGUCUUUCUUUUCAGAGCAGUCGAUAUAAUUUCUUAAAUGCUGUAUAUUACACCAUAUGUACGGUCCUCUCAUGGAAACAUUGCUCACACAUCGCUCAUUGAAUUGUAUACUUAUAUCCUAUGUUAAUGGUUUUUCAGAGCAUCUAUUACUAUUAAACUCUGUUUUUGUUAUAACGUGUAUCUGAUCUGAGCAAAUUAAGUCGUACGCAGUCCCUGUGUUAAACCUGAACCAGUCAGCAUCACUAUAUUAUUCUUACACGAAUGUCUCCCAAUUAUUACGUUUGAUUAUUUCGAGAUACUUUGGUUCGAGUAAUGCAUAACUUCAGUGCCAUAUCCCUAUACCUGAUCUCAUAUCUGUGAUCAUUAGCUAAGCAGUAGCUAACAUUUUGUUGUACAAAAAGGAAAUGUACCUUGUUAAGUAGUCUACUCGAUAGAUUACUUGUCAUUGUCACACACACUUGUCAUUGUUAUACACUUUAUUCGCUUCCGCGUAUAAAACUGAUUGUAGUUAGAAAAUCUUUUAAUUGUAGAAAACGCUCUAUAUACCUCUUACGUUUUUACCGCAUCGCUCUAUUUUCCUACUUUCGAGAGUCUUAAACUGCUAUUAUAUUUCCCUUAAACUUGACUGACAGAGGCGCGUAAAAAUGUCCCUUUCAUUACCGAAUGUUUCUUAUUGUUACUAUUUAUUUAUUAAUUUACAAUGCGAUAAGUCUGAUAGGCUUAAGUUUAACACAAAUAAAUCUAUUAAGUUACUAUAGCUAUAUAUAUAUAAAUAAUUAGUUCGUCAAAAUUGCCAAAAGUCUUCAUACAUAUGGAUUGAAUAUAAAUAGAUCAUUAAUCAUAAAUAAAAAAAAAUUAUUAUGUAACGCAUAAAGCAUUUAUUAAGGAAAGUCUAACAUCUUAAACAUUAAUCGAGUUAGUAUAGUAAAAGUACUUUACAUCAGAUGCCUCAUUAAUUCGUGUUCAUCAAAAAUUCAGUAUUGUGUAUGCGUAGAACAUCUUUUUCGUAAUGAUAAAUAAACCUGUAUUUACCUAUA